AUGCCUUCGUCCUCCUCGUCCUCCCUCGAGCCGGACCACCACCCUGCCCUCCGCAGACAAGGCGACACCGAGGGCGCCGUCUCGUUCCUGCGGACGCAGCACGACGUCGACGCGGUGUGCGACAAGUACGGCGUCCCCAAGGACCGGUACACCGCGCGCCCCGCCGGCGACCUGCGCGCGAGCUCGCCCCCGCCGCCGGGGUGCGUCUGCCUGUACGCGGACGCCCUGGAGGCCGGGAUGCGCGUCCCGCUCCACGGCUUCUUCUGCGACGUGCUCGCCCAUUUCGGCAUCGCGCCGACUCAGCUCGCGCCCAACGGCUGGCGCAUCUUGGCGGGCUUCCUGGUGCUCUGCCACUCCGCCGGCGUGCCGCCGUCGCUGCCCGUGUUCCGGCACUUCUUCCUUCUGUCGAUCGUCAACCGCAAGCACCGAGGGUGCUACUUCUUCCGAUCCAGGGACAACUCCGGCCUGCGCUUCAAGGGGAUGCCGAGCUGCAUCAAGGACUGGAAGAACUCGUUCUUCUUCCUGUCGUCGCCGGAGCCGUGGCCUUUCCCCGUGGAGUGGGGCGAGCCGUCCAAGAGCUCUUUCAUGGUGCCGGUACUUGACAGCGAGGAGAAGAAACACGCGGCGAAGCUACUGCGCAGUUACGCCAGCGCCGCCGUUGACAUCGAUACAUGUCUCUCCGACAGCAACCUCGCAGCCGCCAUGGCACCUGCUGCAUCUGCGCGGCGGCCGCCGCCGCCGGCUUCUUUUACUCGCAUUGCUUCCGAUUCCAAAGGCAUGGAUCCCUCUGUCUACGAGAUGAUGAAGCAUAUGCUGGCGGAGAAGGCGGCCGCUCAGGCGUCGGCGUCGGCGAAGAAGGCGAAAGCCGAGCCGGGCAGCCACGCGCCAGGGUCGCCGCCGUUGUGCGCAAAGAAGAGGAAUCUGGAGGAAGCCAGCAGCGAGGAGGGCCCGCCUCGUUCUCUGCUGAACACGCCGCUGUCCGGGAUGCGCUCGCCACCGCCGGGGUUUCCCAUCAGCCACGACGGAGACGGCACGGGCUGGGAGGCUGCACGGGAGCUGCUGCAGGGCGCCGUCGCGCCACCGCAGCAGCGCGCGUUUGCGGCGACCGAGCCGUCAGAUGUCAUCGCAGCGAGCUAUGUUGCGAUUCUCCAGGCGGCGAACUACGUGUCGUCGUCCUUGGGCUACGCGCUGGAGCUGGAAGAGAAGCUGGCGGCGCAGGACGCGGAGGUCGCGGCGCUAGAGAAGCAGCUGGAGGAGACGAAGGCCGAGCUCGCCGCGGCGAGGGCGGAGUGGGACAGUGCGUGA